AUGUCCUCGAAUUGCUGUGGUACGAAAAAGCAGAAACUAAACUACUACUAUUGUUCCACCUGUGGCACAAGUCAAAACGGCCGUUUACAGCCAUCGACGAUCAUGGCAAUGUCCGAUAUGUGCUUUUACUGUUUCGAGGUACUGUACCGCGAGCUGCACGACCUGGAAGAACCGCGCACGCCAAGCUUCAGCAACGAUCCCUAUCCUCUUUUCGUGAGCUGGAAAAUCGGAAAGGAUAAGCGUUUACGUGGCUGUAUCGGUACCUUCAGUGCAAUGCGUUUACACUCAGGACUUCGAGAGUAUGCAAUAACAAGUGCCUUAAGAGAUUUCCGCUUCUCGCCAAUCACUCGUGAUGAAAUUCAAAGACUGACCGUCUCGGUGUCGAUCCUGCAGGGCUUCGAGGAGGGCCGCGGGUAUCUCGACUGGACGCUCGGCGUCCACGGUAUCCGCAUCGAAUUCUAUAAUGAGCGAGGCUCCAAGCGUACAGCAACCUUCUUGCCUCAAAUUGCUACCGAAGAAGGCUGGGACCAAACACAAACGAUAGAUUCACUGUUACGAAAAGGGGGCUACCGUGCACAGAUAACGCCGGAAACUCGUCGUUCGAUUAAGUUAACCCGCUACACAUCCCAGGAGUGUCACAUGUCAUACAGUGAAUAUCACGAAAUGCUAGAGAAGCAAUCCCACUACGAUAGCCAGCUGGUUAAGUUGCAAUGCUAA